GAUUUAUAAAAGUAUAAAUUGCAGUUGAAUUCAACAGCAAAUGAACGAAAUUCUUUAACAUGUACACCAAAAUCGCUUUAGCAGCUUUACUUGUAUGUGCUCUGUGCAGCAGAGCCUACGGUAAUUUGAUAUACUGUGAUAAUCUCAAGGAACCUGGUGAGCUCGUUACUUGGAUUUAUGAAAAUGUUCCAGAAGGUACUAACUUAACAGUAAGAGUACCUGAAUAUGAAGAAACAGAAACACCAGUUUCAUGUAUUAUCUUCAAAUCCUCUGCCCUUAAUGUUGAAAUAACAGACGGAGGUCUUGGUAAGAACUUUGUCGAAUUGUACAUCAGUCCAGUAGAGAUGGUCGAGGACAAUCAACUCCAUCGUCGUGACGACGAUCAUCACCAUCAUGACGAUGAUCAUCAUCAUCAUGACGACGACGAUGUUGAUGACAAAAUAUACUAUGAAUUAAGCGUUUACAGACAAAAAGAUCAGUGAAAUAAUGCAUUAAUUGAAAUGUAAUACGUUUUAUGAUAAAUAAAUAAUAUUUGUUGUUA